CUGAUAAUGAAGGCUGUUGUGAGCAAAUAAAGUAGCAGUUCAGCUGUUUCUCCCAAACUGAAUGUUUGUGCUAGCAAACACCAAAUGGGUGACAAGAUGCCCAGGCAAGAAUGUUUUCUCUAAUGAGGUGCUAUCUUGUUUGCUUUGGGUCUUACAGCAAAAUAAACCAUAACAGUUUCAUUAAAUGCUGGCCAGAAAGGAACAAGUAAAUUUUUGUUUUCCUACCACAGUUAUAUAGAGCUUUCUACAAAUGCUUUUACAAAAUAUUUAAUAUUUGCAAGUUAAUGUUUUGUAAACACUGUGUCAUAAACUGAAACUACUGUAUCAAGUUUUGCAGCGCUGUGCACACUUCUAAGGUAUGUACAUAAGCCAUUUCACUUGUUUCCAAAUGUUCUUAGUGUUUAUGCUCAGUCUAUUAUAGAUAGAUAUGAAGACAAAUAAACUGCUUCUUUUAGUAGGGACAUAUCUGCUGUGUUUUUCUCUCUAAGCUGACAAAUUGUGGUGCUACAUGGUCUAGCAAUCCUCAAUGACAUGCUUGAGAUGGAGUGAUUUCAGCUGUAACAUUUUGUUAGAUGGCUUUUCUGUACAGGGCCGUGGUGGUUCUGUUCUGCUUUAACAUCUGUGAAAGGUCUGAAAUAAUGAUGAGUACUGCUUGAAAGACUUCAAAAAAAGGAGUGGAAGAUGGAAAGAAACAGUCAUAAAGUAAUACAGGCCAGUUGGAAAUAGGAAACAAAUUCCUGGAAAAAGGCAUUGUGAAAACUAGAAACGUUCUUCGUUUGACCCAUGUCUUGGCAUAUAGGAAUGUUCUUUACAGUGUUCUGGAAUAAGAAACUCCUGGACUAUGAUUUCUGCUUCAGCAGAGAGCGUUGAGCACGUUUCCUACUUUCCUUUCCAUAUCUGGAAGAAAGCGGUGCAUGGAAGGAUACUGAAAUGUAAUUGUAGACCUGUCAAAACAGCUCACAGUGGACUGGUGGCACCCUUUGAAGACGGCGAUAUGCUGAUGGAUGAAUUUGUCAGGAAAACAAUUGUUUCUCUUGGCUUGUGGAUUCUCUUUAACAAUAUGGGAAAAUACUUAGUCCUGAAUCCAGUUUGCUUCCUGAUUUCGUAAUUGACAAAGCUGAGACGGUGAAACCUGACUGUUGAAGGGUGCAAGGUGUGAACCUGCUCAAGCAGGUACAACUGACAGGUGCUUGCAAAGAUGUCUAAAACUAACAAAUCAAAAUCUGGAUCCCGUUCUUCCCGUUCGAGGUCUGGAUCAAGAUCACGCUCACGGUCCUUCUCCAAAUCUCGUUCCCGUUCUCGUUCUGUCUCACGGUCAAGAAAACGCAGACUUAGUUCUAGGUCCCGUUCAAGAUCAUAUUCUCCAUCUCAUAACAGAGAAAGGAACCAUCCGAGAGUCUAUCAGAACCGGGAUUUCAGAGGUCAUAAUAGAGGAUACAGGAGACCGUAUUAUUUUCGUGGCCGAAAUCGAGGGUUUUAUCCAUGGGGCCAGUAUAACCGAGGAGGAUAUGGGAAUUACAGGUCAAACUGGCAAAAUUAUCGCCAAGCGUAUAGCCCUCGUAGAGGGAGGUCACGCUCUCGCUCACCCAAGAGAAGGUCUCCUUCACCAAGGUCUAGAAGUCAUUCUAGAAAUUCUGAUAAGUCAUCUUCUGAUCGGUCAAGGAGGUCUUCCUCUUCCCGGUCUUCCUCAAAUCAUAGCCGAGUUGAAUCUUCCAAGCGUAAAUCUGGAAAGGAGAAAAAGUCAUCUUCCAAGGAUGCCCGGGCAUCUCAGGCUGCAGGAGAUAAUCAAGGUGAUGAGUCUAAGGAGCAGCCAUUUUCAGGAGCAGUGGCUCAAGAUGUCAAGGCAUCUGAGGGAUCAAAACCAUGGCAAGAUAUGACCUCCUAUGGUACAAGUUCAGCGUCAAGAGCUUCUGUGUCUGAACUUAGCCCAAGGGAACGCAGUCCUGCAUUAAAAAGCCCACUCCAGUCGGUUGUGGUGAGGCGUCGUUCUCCUCGGCCAAGUCCAUUGCAAAAGUCGAGCCCUCCGCUGUCCAACCCAUCACAGAUGAGCUCUGCUUUACAAAGCAGCAGCACCUCCUUUCAGGCAGGCUCUCAUCAGAGUCCGUUUGACCAUGGCUCGGCAGGUUUGAGCCCAACAAGGAAGAGCCCUGUGUGCAAAAGUCCAACACCAAUCAGUUCGAUUUACAGUACAUCUCAGAAGGAGGAAACCACAGCUCCUGGAGGAGGAGCCUUCUCAAAAAGGUAUCUGGAAGAGCAGAAGACUGAGAAUGGGAAAGACAAAGAACAGAAAGUAACAAAUGUUGAAAAAGAAAAAUCUAAAGAAAAAGGGAAUUUCUCUGAGUUGGGAUCAACAGAUGGAAAGGCAAAAUCUGACCCCUAUGCAUCCAAAGCAGACUCCGAGAAGGGAUACCGCAGCAGCCAGUCACCCAAGCGCUACAAGUUCCGGGAUGACUUUGACAAGCUAAAGGUCCCGGAGUUCCACAAGGAAAGUCAUUAUGGCAAAGAGGAAACAGAUGAGCAGGAAAAGAAAGACAAGGCAAAGGGCCGAAAAGAUUCGGAAUUUGAUGAUGAGCCCAAAUUUAUGUCUAAAGUCGUAGCAACUUCAAGUAAAAGUCAAGAAGAGGAUAGGCCAGGAAAAUGGGAGGGCGUGGUGUUCUUGCCACCUGGAAAAGAGAAGCAAAGGAAACCCGAUGAAAUGGAGGAGGAAAGCUAUUCUGAAAGAUCAAAAAAAGAAGAGAGACCAGCAUCCAAGAGAGCUGAACCAGGUCACAGGGGGUUUGUUCCUGAAAAGAAUUUUAGAGUGACCACUUACAAAUCAAGCCAGGAAAAAAGUUCUUCCCCCCCACCAAGGAAGGCUUCUGAGGUAAAGGAGAAACCAGGCACCAAAGUAGAGGGGCUAGCUCCUGGCAAAUCCUCCUUUUCCAUUACUCGUGAGGCCCAGGUCAAUAUUCGAAUGGAUUCCUUUGAUGAAGAUCUUGCACGUCCAAGUGGCAUAUUGGCUCAGGAACGUAAGCUGUGUCGUGACCUUGUGCACAGCAACAAAAAAGAGCAAGAAUUUCGUUCGAUUUUCCAUCAUAUUCAGUCUGCUCAGUCUCAGCGAAGUCCUUCUGAACUGUUUGCUCAACACAUAGUGACUAUAGUCCAUCAUGUAAGAGAGCAUCACUUUGGGUCUUCAGUAAUGACACUGAAUGAACGCUUUACCAAAUAUCUAAAGAAAGGAAUGGAACAAGAUGCAGCUAAAAACAAGAAGAGCCCUGAAAUCCACAGGAGGAUAGAUAUAUCUCCCAGUACUUUUAGAAAACAUGGAUUCUCUCAAGAGGAAACGAAAAGUUCCAGAGAUCCUGGCUUCAAGGCUGAAGGGAAAUAUAAGGACGACCCUGUUGACCUGCGCCUUGAUAUUGAACGCCGUAAAAAACAUAAGGAAAGAGAUCUUAAACGCGAUAAAUCCAGAGAAUCGGUGGACUCAAGAGAUUCAAGUCACUCAAGGGAAAGAUCAACUGAGAAAACGGAGAAAAGUCACAAAGGCUCAAAGAAAAAGAAACACCGAAGGGUACGCGAGAGAUCCAGGUCCAGUUCGUCAUCUUCGCGGUCCUCUCAUUCAGUCAAAGCAGAGGAGUAUCCUGAGGAGACUGAGGAGAGGGAGGAAAGCACCACAGGCUUUGACAAGUCCCGACUUGGGACUAAAGAAUUCACUGGUCCAAAUGAGAGAGGAAGAGCUAGAGGGACCUUUCAGUUCAGAGCAAGAGGGAGAGGAUGGGGCAGAGGCAACUUUUCAGGCAACAAUAACAGCAACAGCGGUGGCAACAACGACUUCCAGAAGCGAAGCAGAGAUGAGGAGUGGGAUCCAGAGUACACACCUAAGAGCAAGAAGUACUACUUGCACGAUGACCGGGAGGGCGAAGGUGCGGACAAGUGGGUGAACAGAGGCCGUGGUCGGGGUGCUUUCCCCCGAGGAAGAGGUCGCUUCAUGUUCCGAAAGUCAAGCACCAGCCCCAAGUGGGCUCAUGACAAAUUCAGCGGAGAAGAAGGAGAAAUUGAAGAUGACGAAAGCGGAACAGAAAACAGAGAGGAGAAGGACACCUUACAGACGACGGCUGAAUAGCCGCAGUGUC